GCGCCGGUGUACACCGGGAUGACAAAGUACUGCAACGACCGGCUCGGCGGGUGUCGGCUAGAGGCUGCGACGGUGGGCGUCGAGGGCAACGCGGGUCACGUUCCGGACUGAGAUGACUGAGGUGGAAGAGCCCUCCGCGCCCGUGCCAGUAUUUGUAUGCCCGGCACACACAUCCGCCCCUUCCUCCCCGCUCUUCAACGACUGCGCUGCUCGUCCGCCAAAAUGCCGAUUCCCCCUGCGAUCUUCACGCCCGACAUCUCUACCCCGAGCGACUCGCCGUACCCGAGUCCGCUGCGGCAGACGCUUGGGCAGACGGCGCAGUAUAUCAGGACGAGCACCCCGCCCCCGCUGAUUGCCCCAGAGCCCAAGGUCCCGCCCCCGACCACUGUCGUCGAAGCGUCGAAGCGCCUGGCGGCUUGGACGGCCGUCGACCGGCAUGUGCUUCCCGAAUACAAGGUCAUUGGCAUUGGAUCUGGCUCGACGGUGCCGUACGUCGUCGAGCGCAUUGAACAGCAGGGCAGGGAGAGGAACAAGGACAGGGUGUUCAUCCCGACGAGUUUCCAGUCGAAGGAGCUCAUCGUCAGUCACGGGCUGCUGCUCGGCGACGUCGACCAGUACCCUGUCAUUGAUGUCACGAUAGACGGUGCUGAUGAGGUAGACGAGACUUUGAACUGCAUCAAGGGCGGCGGAGCAUGCCAUCUGCGCGAGAAAGUGCUCGCUGAGGCCGCAGACACCUUCAUCGUCGUCGCCGACUACCGCAAGGACUCCGACGUUCUCGGCAAGAACUUCAAGCAAGGCGUGCCCAUCGAGGUCGCGCAGUUCGCGUACGCGAAGGUGCUGCAGAACGUGCACCUGAUCGGGUCGCCCGAGGCGCGGCUGCGCAUGGCGAAGGCGAAGGCGGGCCCCGUGGUGACGGACAACGGCAACUUUGUGAUCGACGCGCCGUUCCCGGAGGAGAUGAUGCGGGAGCCGUACACGCUGCUCACGCGCCUCAAGAUGCUCACGGGCGUCGUCGAGGUCGGCCUGUUCUGCCACAUGGCCAAGGCGGCGUACUUUGGGAACCAGGACGGAAGUGUGACGGUAAAGUGGCACGACGGCCGCAUCGAGAGCGUGGAUAGCGGGUCAAGCCUGGUUCCCAAGCCCGCGCACAAGGUCGCGCUGCAAGAAUCGACGGUGGCGGAGCCUUGAAUUUGAGAUCGCAUGCGGUGGUCAGAGAUGAGGGCGAUUGCUUGCCCGAGAGAGCUAUAGAUGUCUAAAGGAAGGGCCGUAAAGUGUAUCUAGUUGUAGGAUACGACGUGAUAAGAUAAGUACCGGCUACGCGCCGUGUGCAUCUGGGCUUU